UUUUUUCUAAUAAAUAUAUAUUUGGACCAGAGAUGGCUUUAUACGUCUCUGUUUGGACCAUACAACAUCUCCAGUACUUUUCAAAUUAGAUAACAACACCCCACAACAGUGUUGUUAUAGAUCAGAGGAAAAAUAUGCAUAUUCAUGUGUAUCAAACGAGGAAACUCCUUAUUUAAGACAACAACCAGAGUGAUAUGAAUACAGCGGCAACGGGAGAGAUCGUCAAAAAGAAAGAGUAGAUUAGGCAAGAAAAGACAGAGAUCCACGUGUCGGGGUCAGCAGGUCAACGCGGUCUCUGUAAUGUCUCGUAACCACAGAAUAACACAAAUUUAGACUAGUUGCAUUGCACCAUAACUACAACAUGUCUAUUUCUCCAACGAGACACGGAAGAUGAAAAAUAACAUGAUCUGCAGGAGAGGCAGGGUGAGGGAGGGGGAGGUGUUCUCCCUGUACGAUAUUCCAAGAAAGUUUCAUAGAAUUUGCAGUAAUGUGUAUUUACACAUGUGCUAUGGCUAUCAACAUACCUAAACUACAAUCAUCUUCCGUCCACAUCUACUCCAUACUGUCAACACACUUGACUUGAGAAGCACGCUAGAUUACACAGGAGCGACCCAUUUAGUACGUUACCCUAACGCACGCAUAUAGGAAUAUAUGCUAAAGAUUGUUCUCAUUCCUACGUGUUCAUAUUUCCUAGAGAUUAUGUCUCAACUGUAGCCCAGCUUUUGACCUGAACAGCGUACGCGGUGGAAACUGGAGAUUGUGUAUACAAAUAUUGACUGUUUCCGCGGCCUUGUGCGGAACCUUUUCCAAUCGGGCUGAUAAAGCGGCGAAGCAGCACAGAUGAGUGUAUGGUAGAAUCUGUACCCUGCGCUAGUGGACUGGGGCGGUCAUGCUGCCCAGAACACACAGAUAAAGCUUAAUCAUAGCAAAAAAGGCAAAGAAAACCAGUGAAGCGGACCGGAGUUCACUGUAAUAAAUAUACGCUCCCCUGAAGACAAUUAAGAACGGGUUUAUUGCAGCUUGAGGAAAGUUAUUUAAAUCAGGUAAUCAAGUAUGGACGACAGACAGCUGCUACUGAUGCUGGUCCUAGGUCUUCUGGCCUUGUACCUAGGCAAUAGAAUAAUUGCCGGAAGCGGUCAUUCCUACAGGGAUCGAAUCCUGACACUGGCCAAGUCAGACCGCGAUCUGGUCACUCAUAGCAAGGAGUUCAACGUCCCAGAAGUGAUAAAGGUCACUGAGGAUGUGUAUGUUGCCAUUGGUUACGCAUUGGCUAAUUCUAUACUGCUGGAGGGUCCGAAUGGUUUGGUGGUCGUGGAUGUGACGGAAAGUACCGAGUCAGCCUCCAAGAUCAUGACAGCCUUUCGGAACAUCUCUGACAAACCCAUCAAAGCCAUCGUGUAUACACACAACCACGCAGACCACAUCAUUGGAGCAUCGUCGUUUAUAGAGGACAAAAACAACCCUCCCGAUAUCUGGGCCCAUGAGAGGAUCAUAAAGGAGAUGAAGAGAUCAUUUUCGACUGUGAAUGGCGCCACGUUCACCAGAGCAAUGAGACAGUUUGGAGUUUUGCUACCGGAAUCGGUCAAUGCAGGCAUUGGGAUUAAACUGAAGUAUGGUGAUCCAGCCAAUAAUUUUGGACUAGUCUAUCCUAACAAAUUCGUCUCCAAGGCUGUAACGGACGUAACAAUGGCAGGUAUCCCGGUACAGAUAAUUCACAUUCCUGGGGAGACAGAUGACCAGAUAGGAGUCUGGAUCGCCGACAGGAAAAUCUUCUUGUGUGCUGACGAUGUGUACCGAGCGUUUCCGAACUUGUACGCCAUUCGAGGAACCCCGUCACGUGAUCUCAUGCAAUGGGUAAAUUCAUUGGACAUCAUGAUUGAGCUCGGACCCGAGUAUCUUAUACCGAGUCACACCCGACCACUCCAGGGCAAACGCUACAUUAAGGAGACUCUGACCGCCUACCGGGACGCCAUCCAAUAUAUACACGACCAGACUGUACGUUACAUUAACCAGGGUCUGACGAAAGAGGAGAUCGUGGAUCUGGUCAAACUUCCCCCACAAUUGGCCGCCCAUCCCUUCCUUCGGGAGUUCUAUGGCACCGUAGCCUGGUCGGUAAAAGGAGUAUUCACGUCAUACAUUGGCUGGUUUAGCGGCGACGCAGUCGAUCUUGCGCCAUUAACACCAAAGGUAAAAGCAGAGAAAAUGGUUCGGUUGGUCGGCGCCAAUAAACUAAUGGACGCUGCCAAGGCUGCAUAUAAAGAGAAAGACUACCAGUGGGCUCUAGAACUCUCCUCGCACGUGCUUCGCGCGAAUAUAGACAAUACGGAAGCACGAGACAUUAAAAUUGACGCUUUGUCGUCACUUGGUGCAAAACAGAUUAGCGCAAAUGGCAGAAAUUAUUACUUGACAUCUGCCUUUGAGGAAGCUUCAGAAAUCAAUAUAAAAGAAAAGAAAAUCAAGAUUAGAGAAAAUGCAAUAAAGGUAAUUCCAGUCGCUCAAAUUUUUAAUGCACUUCCCGUCCGAUUCAAACCAGAAGAGUGUUCUUCCAUGUCAGAGCAGCUUUACUUCGAAUUUACAGACAUUGAUCAACAUGUUGUUAUUACCAUCCGUAAUUCCAUUGCCAUAGUUACGGAAAGUCCUUCUAGUACGUAUGACGUCAAAGUGUCAUUGACGGAAACUGUGUUCAAAGAAAUCAUAUCUAGUCGCACCAGGGCUUUGACAGCCUAUGGGAUAGGAGAACUCGUAGUUGAGGGCGGGUUAAUGAAAUUCAGGAAUAUUAUGGGAUGUUUUGAAAGGGACUAGUAUUAAUUUAGGACCAAAAUGAAAAUUGCAAGUGAUAAACAACGUGAUGGAAGUUAAAUGAAAAUUUCCUUAAAAAUUUCCUAUGAUCAAAAUACAGCAAGCUCAAUUCUAAAAUUUAUUCAACAACUCUUUAAUUUGAUAUAUUAACAGCUCAAACCAGGUGAAGGGGACAUACUCAUUAGUUAAGGUUAUAGUGCGGUACAACCUCACUACAAGGCAACGAGGAACUACAACAACGAUAUGGUGCUUUUCCGUCUUUGCGUAUUGCAGAGUUAUCUUCUCUUGUGAGCAGGGAUUGAUUGUUACGUCAUUGGUUUG